AAAAGCCAACAAAAAAAAAACUGCCAAAUCCAAGUGAGAAAUGGACGCUGUUUGUUAUUAUUUUCUACAAUAAAAUAUCAAUUUUUCUAGAAUUUAAUGCGAUCUAAACAAUGGCAGCCGGACCAAUAGCUGAAAGAAAUCAAGAUGCCACUAUAUAUGUGGGAGGCUUGGACGACAGAGUAUCGGAGAGCUUGCUAUGGGAACUGUUUGUUCAGUCAGGACCUGUUGUUAAUGUCCACAUGCCCAAGGACCGCGUGACGCAGACUCACCAAGGUUAUGGUUUUGUUGAGUUCAUGGGAGAGGAAGAUGCCGACUAUGCUAUAAAAGUGAUGAACAUGAUAAAACUCUAUGGUAAACCUGUAAGAGUGAAUAAAGCAUCAGCACAUCAGAAGAACCUUGAUGUUGGAGCUAAUGUGUUCAUAGGAAACCUGGAUCCAGAAGUUGAUGAGAAGCUACUGUAUGAUACAUUCUCUGCUUUCGGAGUCAUUCUACAAACACCAAAGGUUAUGAGAGACCCUGAAACAGGGAAUUCCAAGGCGUUUGCUUUCAUAAAUUUCGCAUCAUUCGAAGCUUCUGACGCAGCCAUAGAGGCCAUGAACAACCAGUAUCUAUGUAACAGACCUAUAUCCGUGUCGUACGCGUUUAAGAAGGAUGUUAAGGGUGAAAGGCACGGCUCUGCUGCUGAAAGAUUGCUGGCCGCACAGAACCCGCUGUCUCACGCGGACCGCCCCCACCAGCUGUUCGCGGACGCACCCCCAACGCUCAUGGGUCCGAUCCUCAUGGCGCCGCCUCCGCCGCCCGCGCCGAGUCCGAUGCCCCCGCUAUCCCGACCGCCCCCUCUCCCGUUGGCCGCCCCGCCACCGCCCCCGUCCUCGAUGCCCCCGCCCGGACCUCCGCCCCCGCCUGGGCCCCCGCCACCGCCGCCCCCGUUCCACCACUUCCCCCCGCCCCCGUUCGGACCCCCCGGCUUUGGGCCCCCGCCCGGCGCGAGGCCCCCGCCCUGGAGGCCCCCGCCGCCAAGCUUCAGGCCCCAGUUCCCCCCGCGCGGUCCUCCGCCGUUCGGCCACUACCCGCACCACCCGCCUGAGCCGAAUUAUAAUUAUUAAGCGUUUUUGUAUUUUAGUCAAUAAAUAUUGUGU